ACCCGGUUGAGUGUAUACAAGAGUUGAUAGGAAACCCAGCUUUUCGUGAGGUGAUGCAGUAUAGUCCUGAACGGGUGUACGCAUAUCAGGAGGGUGAUGUUCGCAUCUUUGACGAAAUGUGGACUGGUGAGUGGUGGUGGAACAAACAAGCCAACCUGCCUGAUCGAGCUACCAUUGCACCUAUUAUACUUGCAUCCGACAAGACCAAGCUUUCACAGUUCAAAGGCAACCAGACAGCUUGGCCUGUCUAUUUAUCCAUUGGUAACAUCGCUAAGGCCACACGACGUCAGGUCUCCGCUAGAGCGACAGUGCUGGUUGGUUACAUACCAGUCUCGAAACUUCAAUGCUUCUCAUCCAAGGCGCGAUCCGUGGCUGGCUAUCGUCUGUUCCACCACUGCAUGAUGAAGAUACUCGAGCCACUAGUCGAAGCUGGGAGAAAUGGCAUUAAGAUGCUUUGUGUGGAUGGUUGCAUCCGUAAAGUCUACCCGAUUGUAGCUGCCUAUGUAGCUGACCAUCCGGAACAAUGCCUCAUUGUGAACGUCAAGGAAAAUCAUUGUCCCAGAGGUUUAGUUGACCCCAAGCAGCAUGGCGAGCCAGAUGCAUGUCUACUGCAAAACGUUGACGAGACAUUGGAUAUUCUUUUGCGGCAUGCAGAGGGAUUGAACGAACCUCGCUUUGUUACACAGGGUCUUCACCCCGUGUACGAACCCUUCUGGAAGAACCUCCCUCACUGCAAUAUUUUCUCCUGUGUCACUCCCGACAUCCUCCACCAACUCCACAAAGGCAUCUUCAAAGACCACCUUGUCAGUUGGUGCGCGAAGCUUAUUGGAGAUGACGAGCUUGAUAGACGAUUCAAAGCCAUGCCGGACAUGCCAGGUCUGCGACACUUCAAGAAGGGGAUUACCAGCGUGUCGCAGUGGACGGGAGCAGAACACAAGGAGAUGCAAAAAGUAUUUGUGGCGCUUCUAUCUGGCGCCGUUUCCAACGAAGUUCUCACUGUUGUGCAAGCCGUCGUUGACUUCAUUUACUAUGCACAAUUUCAGGUUCAUACGACGACGACUCUACGAGGACUCCAGCAUGCUCUUCAGACCUUUCACGACCACAAAGAGAUCUUCCAGACUCUGGGUAUCCGUGAACACUUCAACAUUGCCAAGAUACACUCGAUGCUUCACUACCUAGAGGCUAUCAUACAACGGGGUUGCUUGGACAGUUUUAACACUGAACUAUCCGAACGACUUCAUAUUGAUUUCACCAAGGAGGGUUAUCGUGCCGGGAACCAUCGAGACUAUAUAGCCCAUAUGACAACCUGGCUGCGGCGACAGGAAGCUAUGCAUCUUCGUUCUGCUUUUCUUCAGUGGCUGGAUCAGGAUGCAGUUGGACUUUGUCAACCCUUGCCGGACACUCUUACAAAUAGUGACACUGACUCGGAGCCCGGUGACAUUGAUCUAGAUGGUCUCAAUGCUGCGCCGGUUGAAAAAGUCGAGAAAGAGUUGCCUUUGGUGUCUCCCAUUUCAGGCGUCACAUAUCGGAUUGCGAAGAACUGCCCUAACCCAUGCACAACCUUGCUUGAGCUUCAGGGAAAGUAUGUUGCCACGGAGUUCUUACCAGUUUUUAGAUCAUAUGUUCGCAGCAAGCUCCCCUGCAGCCCCUUCUUACCAACACACCUUACUCGCUACGAAGUCUACAAGCAAGUGAAGAUCGAAAAACUGCCGAAUGAAUUUGUUGGAGACAUUACACGAUUUGACCGAAUCCGCGCAGUUCCCAUGACUGCUGCAAAGGGUCGCACACGUCCGGUACCUGCGCAAUUUGCAACGGCACUUGUGAUACAUGACCGGGAGCUUUUUAAGGGACGGAUUUCAGGUUCCCUUGAAGGACUACGAGCAGCACGCGUUCGCGUGAUUUUCAAGCUACCGCCCCAAUUUGGUGAUCUCCCACACCCAUUGGCAUAUGUUGAGUGGUACACGGCAUUCAAUAGAGUGGAUACUACCACAGGUAUGUAUACCGUCUCUCGUUCUACGCGAAACCGUGCGCCGAAUGCAUCCAUAGUUGGAGUUGAUCAGAUCUACGGCGCAUGUCACCUGGUUCCGAAAUUUGGCUCGCAGAUUGAUAGAAAGUGGACGGUUGAGAAUGUCCUGAAUGCAGCCACUCAGUUCUUUGUCAAUCCGUACCUUUCUAUUCAUACUUUUGCUAGUAGUGAGCUUUAUACACGAGGAAUAAACUAGCUUCAUUCGUCACACUGGUGAUCAUGCAGUAUGGAGCUUCAGAGUCAAGGUAUGGAUAGCCGCAUACCCCUCAUACUAUGUAUACCUCUGAGUAUCAUGUAUAUAGUGUUAUGCAUGGUAUGGACUGGUAUGUAUUUCCAUUGAUGAUAUACAUUAAAACCCUUUUUCCUGA